AUGCUGCCAUUCACCCCCCACGAACCAAUGCCAUCAGGAGACGAUGUCACAAGAGCCGAUGUCAACGUUCUUGAAAAGAUCGACGAGCUCUAUCACAGCGCCCAAAACGACCCCGAAUACAAGCCGGAGAACUUCGAUUUUUGGCUCGACAGUUUGAGUCUGUACCAACGCCAGAAGGCGCGACACUACCUUACAGAGCUGCGGCAACACAUCCAGUCGCUUGUAGGCCCCUUUCCUAACAACGUUACCUCUGCGUAUCGGGAGCUAGAGCGAGCUGAAAAACGUUUGUGCGAGGAGCUCGACGACCAAGAUGAGCAAAAACCACAGGAACUAACAUCCGAGCAAACCCGGGAGGCAGAAAUCGACCCGGGGCAACCAGCUCGGGAACUUCAAGCUUCGAUCAACCCGGCGCCGAAUAGCGAUGGAGACAGACAUCUGGAACUCGUAACAUUCUUGGCUUUGGUCAUUGUUAUUGCGAAAAUCUUCUACUCAAAUCCCAACGUUCACAGUAUUACGAUACCUACCAUGCCUGCCAACGUUUUCGACAACACCCUAGUCACUGACGCCGCUCUUCCGAUCAACCCCUCCAGUGCCCCAAAAUCCCAGAUGGCCUACAAAGAACGCUGCAAGGAGCUGAAGAGAAUUAUUUACCGUAAGAAGAAAAACAUCGACGCAAAACAUCGUGACUUCGAUAAGCUCCAGGACAAGAUCGUAACCGCGGAGAAGGUCAAGCCCGUCGACUCAGCAACGAUAGAUAAAUUGACAAAAGAGCUAGUUGAGCUUCAUGCGUACAUCGAAGGUAUGCUCGGUAUACACAACUUCUUCGUUAAAGAGUACCAGACACUUAUCGCUGAGAAGAGUGAGAGUGUGAAGGCAAACUUAUUCAACGAGAUGGGAGCAUUGAUAAGCGAGGCUGAGGGUGUGGACUCCGAUGAUGGAGACAGCCAGGAUGAGAAUGACCAGGCGGUGUUUUUCGCUUUCAGCAUGUCUAACAACCCCUCCGACAACAAAGAUCCGCUCGGUAGGUCCCUAACUCUAGGCAACCCUUACGACACUCCAGAUCCCCGUAUGAUCUACAACGGACGUCGUGUGGUCGUCGAAACCUACAUUGAAGACCUGAAGAACAAAAUCCCAGAAAUAAAGAGCACCCUUACCGAGCUGAACGACACAAUCUCACAGAUGGCGAGUGACCCCACCAUUCCCACCAUUCCCCCAGUAGUCAUUGCGCGCUUGAGAGCCAAAGUUUCCCGGCUCUUUGAACGCGCCGUAACUCAGCAGGAUAUGCUCGGAAAUCUCGAGGAGCAGUAUAAGGAACUCGUGGAUGAGGAAAACGAGGAUGUGAAGUAG